AUGCGCUUCGAGGGCGCGGAGCGGCGCGACGCCGUCGCCUUCCACCCGCUGCUGGCGCCGCGGCCGAGCGACUUCUCGGUGUCGGCGCUGCUGACGGCGGGCGCGCUGCCGCCGCCGCCGUACCUGCCGGCCGCGCUGGCCGCCGCCGCCGCGCUGUCCGCGCCCUGUCCGCUGCUCAAGCCGCCGCCGCCGCCGUACGCGCCGCUGCCGCCAGACGACGACGGUGUCGUCGACGAUCCCAAGGUCACGCUCGAAGGCAAAGACCUCUGGGAGAAGUUCCACAAGCUGGGCACCGAGAUGGUGAUCACCAAGAGUGGCAGACAAAUGUUCCCACAAAUGAAGUUCCGCGUCUCAGGACUAGACGCUAAAGCAAAAUACAUCCUCCUACUGGACAUCGUAGCCGCAGACGACUACCGAUAUAAGUUCCACAACAGACGUAUGUUUCCUGCCUACAAACUUCGCGUUUCUGGUCUUGAUAAAAAAGCAAAAUACAUUUUGCUAAUGGACAUCGUAGCUGCCGACGAUUGCAGAUACAAAUUCCACAACAGCCGAUGGAUGGUGGCAGGGAAGGCAGACCCUGAGAUGCCGAAGAGGAUGUACAUCCACCCAGACUCGCCUUCGACGGGAGAGCAGUGGAUGCAGAAGGUGGUGUCCUUCCACAAGCUGAAGUUGACGAACAACAUCAGCGACAAACACGGUUUCGAGCUCAUCUAUUGCCAAAGUCAACGGAUGUUGUCAAAACUGCUGUGGCCCAACGCCGGCCCUAGUGCGCCCAGAGAACCGCACUCAGAUCAUUUGUGUGUUACACAGACGAUCCUCAACUCGAUGCACAAGUACCAGCCCCGGUUCCACCUGGUGAGGGCCAACGACAUCCUCAAGCUGCCCUACUCCACCUUCAGGACCUAUGUCUUCAAGGAGACCGAGUUCAUCGCAGUCACUGCGUAUCAGAAUGAAAAGAUAACACAAUUGAAAAUUGACAACAAUCCCUUCGCCAAAGGCUUCCGGGACACGGGGGCUGGCAAACGGGAGAAGAAUCUGUCGGUGUACCGCAGGCAGGCGCUGCUGACGGCGCGCUCGGACACCCGCGACGAUGACGAUGAGCGGCCGCUGGACGUGGGCGGGCCCUCCAGCCCGCCGCCGCCGCCCUCCACGCAACACAACACCAGCUCCUGGUUUAGUUCGAGUGGAGGUGGUGGCGACUCCGGCGCGGAGGAGGGCAUCGAAGCGGGCUCGGACUCGUCGUGCUCGGCAGGGCGCGCGGCCUCGCCCCCCGCGGGGCCCUCGCGGCCCUCGCCCGCCCCCGACGUGUCCCUGGGCCCGCCCGUGCAGCCCCCGCUGCUGCCGUACCUGUACCCGCCGUCGCUGUACCCGCCGCCGUUCUUCCCGCCGCACCAGAUGCCGCCGGGGCUGCUGUUCAACCUGCACCCGCUGCUGCAGCAGUACUCGCUGCCGCCGCCGCCGGCCCCGCCGGGCCCGCACGGCGCGUCGCUGGGCAAGGCGCACCGGUUCGCGCCGUACGCGCUGCCGGGGCUGGGCUCCGCCUUCGAGCAGGUGGCGCCGCGCGCGCGCUCGCUGAGCUCGUCGCCGGCGCGCGCGCGGGCGGGCUCGCCGGUCGCGCGCGCCGCCUCCGCGGACCCGCCGCCCGACGCGCCCAGCUCCACCACGCCCGCCACGCCGCCCGCCUCCGACCUCAAGAGCAUCGAGCGCAUGGUGAACGGGCUGGACGUGGAGCCCCAGGACUGAUCGCGACCUGCUACUGUACAUACCGUGUAUUUAUAUGGUGGGCCGAGGCCGACGUUUUGUAUCGUUCCUAUUUUGUUUUUCUUUCGAGUUCUAUUCGGGUCGAUAUUCGUAUACUGAUUGUAAAUAGUUAAGCUUACAUUAGGUAUCACAUGAUGUAAGGUUCCAUGUGACGGACGAUGUCGCGACGUGACCUGCCAGGCACAGCUCCUGAAUGUACUCAGGUAUGUGUGAUAAUCAUCUCCUCACACCACAUUUUAUCAAUAUUUUUUAAAACAGAGUUAGAAAAGACAUAUUUUUGCAUACACUAUUAUUUUCGCAUGUUGCAGUAACACAUACCAUAUCGGACAGUGAUCGUUCUGCCUAGAGUGCAUAUGUCUACUAUUGUGUACCCGUCCUCGCGGCGUCGCCGUCUCGUAGCAACCCACACGUUAGAGACACAUAGCAACACCGCAAUAGCAAUAGUUUUAAAUUAAUACUCUGGUUUCGACACCCACGGGUUGUAGAUGUGAUGUCUCCGCUCAACUAAUUUAAUUUACUUCAACAAACAUUUUAUUUUGUCUACUUUUACAAGCACU